AUGCCUUCAGUCAUGGCGGACACCAUCUCUCACUCGUCAUUUGUUGACGAAAAAGUCGAGCCGGAAUCAGGAUAUGCCUCAGGACAAUCCGACUAUUCACCCGAGGAGCCCUCUCGACCAGAUGUCUCUCUGACCAAGGCCCAUGUCGAAUAUCUCAACAAGCAGAUGGAGCCCAUGCACCCCAUGGACAUUCUUCGCUUCUGCAAAAUCAUGUUCCCCAACCUGUUCCAAUCAACGGCAUUCGGUCUCACUGGCCUCGCCACCAUGGACAUGCUUUCCAAGAUUCAAGACGAGAACCCAGAGUCAAAACCCGUCGAGCUGAUCUUCCUGGAUACCUUGUAUCACUUCAAGGAGACGCACGACCUGCUCCAGCGUGUCAAGGCUCGCUAUCCCAACGUCCCCGUCAAUGUGUUCAAGCCCGACGGCAUGAACACUGUCGAGCAAUUUGAGGAGACGUACGGCCAGGAGUUGUGGAACACGGCCGAUGAAAUGUACGACUGGAUCGUCAAGGUUGAGCCUCUGCAGCGGGCGUACGACGAACUCAAGGUGACUGCUGUUCUAAACGGCCGCCGUCGCUCACAAGGCGCCGCUCGCGGCUCCAUCCCCAUCAUCGAGCUCGACGAGGAGAGAAACGUCAUCAAGAUCAACCCCAUGGCCACUUGGUCCUUCUCCCAGGUCAACGAGUACAUCAAGCAGCACAACGUGCCCUACAAUGCUCUCCUUGACCAAGGGUACAAGUCCGUCGGCGACUGGCACUCGACUGCCCCCGUCAAGGACGGUGAGGAUGAGCGUGCCGGCCGUUGGAAGGGCAAGGCCAAGACUGAGUGUGGCAUCCACAACAAGCAGUCCCGAUAUGCGCAAUUCGUUGCUGAGAUGGAGGCAAAGCAAGUUGCCCCUGUUUCAUAG